AAAGUUGCGAAGGCGCUGAGGCGGGCGGCGGCGGCAGCACCGGCACGGUACGGCACGGCCGGGUAGGCACGGCACCGGUACCAUGGACGACCUGGACGCCUUACUGGCAGACCUGGAAUCUACCACCUCACAUAUCUCCAAACGACCAGUGUUUCUGACGGAGGAAACGCCUUACUCCUAUCCAACUGGAAACCACACAUACCAGGAGAUUUCUGUGCCACCUCCAGUGCCCCCGCCGCCUUCCAGUGAGGCCCUGAAUGGCACUGUGAUUGAUCCCUUAGACCAGUGGCAACCCAACGUAUCCAGAUACAUCCACCAGCAACCUCAGUCCCAGUCUCCCAUAUACAGCUCUAGUGCCAAAAGUUCCAGUGCCUCUGUUCCUAGGGACGGACUCAGCUCUCCUUCUCCACGUGCCAGUGAAGAGGAACACGUCUACAGUUUCCCAAACAAGCAGAAGUCUGCAGAACCAUCUCCCACAAUGACCAGCUCUUCCCUGGGCAGCAAUCUCUCAGAACUGGACAGACUUCUUCUGGAACUGAAUGCUGUUCAACAUAAUCCUGCCAGUGGCUUACCAGCAGAUGAAGUCAGCAGAAGCCCAUCACUGCCUAGCAUGACUGGACCUCACUAUUUUGUCCCAGAGAGCAGCAGCUCUGUGGGAGGGAAAGCUGCACCCCCUACAAAAGAAAAGCCGAAGCGAAAUGGCGCACGUGGGAUUGAAGAUGUGCGUCCCAGUGUGGAGAGCCUGCUUGAUGAGCUGGAGAGCUCUGUGCCAAGUCCAGUCCCUGCAAUCACUGUGAGCCAAGGUGAGGUGAGCAGCCCGCAGCGGGUCACCGCCAGUCAGCAGCAGACCCGUAUAUCUGCUUCUUCAGCUACACGAGAACUGGAUGAGCUGAUGGCAUCUCUCUCUGACUUUAAGUUCAUGGCACAGGGGAAGGCUGGGAGCAGCUCCCCUCCAUCCACGGCCUCCAAGCCUGGCAGUCAGCUGGACACCAUGCUGGGAAGUCUCCAGUCUGACCUGAACAAACUGGGUGUCGCUACUGUUGCCAAAGGUGUCUGUGGAGCCUGCAAGAAGCCUAUUGCUGGGCAGGUAGUUACAGCCAUGGGGAAAACCUGGCACCCUGAGCACUUCGUCUGCACCCACUGCCAGGAAGAGAUCGGGUCGCGGAACUUCUUUGAGCGGGAUGGUCAGCCCUACUGCGAGAAGGACUAUCACAACCUCUUCUCCCCUCGCUGCUACUACUGCAAUGGGCCCAUCCUUGAUAAAGUGGUGACAGCUUUGGACAGGACAUGGCACCCUGAACACUUUUUCUGUGCCCAGUGCGGAGCUUUCUUCGGACCUGAAGGGUUUCAUGAGAAGGAUGGCAAAGCCUAUUGCCGCAAGGACUACUUUGACAUGUUUGCUCCCAAAUGUGGAGGCUGUGCCCGGGCUAUCCUGGAAAACUACAUCUCUGCCUUGAACACCCUGUGGCACCCUGAAUGCUUUGUCUGUCGGGAAUGUUUCACACCAUUCAUCAACGGCAGCUUCUUUGAGCAUGAUGGGCAGCCCUACUGCGAGGUGCAUUACCACGAGCGUCGUGGCUCGCUCUGCUCCGGUUGCCAGAAGCCUAUCACAGGACGCUGCAUCACUGCUAUGGGCAAGAAAUUUCACCCCGAACACUUUGUCUGUGCCUUCUGCCUCAAGCAGCUCAACAAAGGAACCUUCAAAGAACAGAACGACAAGCCCUACUGCCAGAACUGCUUUCUCAAGCUCUUCUGUUAGAAGCAUCAUAGAUGGGCGCUAAGCAUCUUUCUGCCACCCCCUUGGCAGUUCUGUCUCUCUGAACAUUACUGUGAUUUAGAAACCGUACCAGGCAGGGGAGGAGGGUGGGGUGGGGGUGGGGUGGGAGUGCUUUCUGCUGCUAUGGAGAGGCAGUAGAUCCAGAGAUGAGACGGACCAUUAAACUGGAAAUGCCCUUGCUGUGUCUCAGAGAGAGGCCGAGUUCUCUCAUAACGGUGUGUGUGUCUGUGUGUGUGACUGACAGCUGAGCUUAGCUCCAGGGCUCCAACGGGGAGAUUUUCCCCAGCCCCCUUCUGGCAGAAGGAGUCUUUGCCAGUACCUUUCAGCCUGUGUCAGCUCCCUGAGCGAAUUGUGACACUUGCAGACAGUGCAGCCCUCUGCUUUGACACCUCUUUCUCAGGCUUUUGUCUGCAUAUGUGCAGCCUGACCGGCAGCACAGCGAGGACACCCUGUGAUCUUGGUGCCACCCUGGCUCUGCUCACUGGAGCCACGUGGCGUGUGUGACUUACGGAGACCAGAGCAUCAGCACAGGCAGCCAAGACCCUGCAAGGGUCUCUCCAGUUCCAUUACACUGUAAGGAGAUGAUACCACUUACCUUUUUUUUUUUUUUUUUUUUUUUUUUUGCUAAGAGGAAUCAAGGUGUUACUGUGUGGGGUGUUUUGUUUUGUUUCUUUGUUUGUUUUUUUUUUUUUUUUCCCUAGUUUGUUAUUCCCUGCCUUUUCUCAACACACUGGAGCAGGAGGUGCAGUAAGCCCCCACCAUCCCUCAGCACUGAUGUGUGCUUCUGUGGGUGAUGUCCCACACGCUGGGCACCUCUGUCAGCACCUAGGCCUGCUCAGGGCAUCUGCUCCCCUUGUCUGCUGCUCCCAGGAGGGAGGAAGAGGCAUUGUGCCUUCUUUAAAAGCAGGUGCAGUGAGGGUAGAGCACAGCCUUUUUCAUCCAUCACGGUCAUGAGCGAGUGUGACGUGUGUGUGUUUUUCUGGCCUGAAACUCCCAUCUAUCGGGGCCUGAAACUGUCAAUAGCAGGGAGAAGUGGAGGGGUUUAAGAAGUCAGGAAAAAAAAAAAAAAGAUCCAAACUUUAUAUCCUUUCUUCUUCCUCUCUUUGCUAAUGAGACCUGUCAGCCCCUGGGUAUUUCCCUUUUCUGUGCUCUUGUUAAAUAUGUUCUACUGAGAAAUGCUAGAGCAAUAACCUUUUAUAUUGACUGUUACUGGUAUAACAAGUCCCUUGGGUCAGGUGUGUGUGACACACUUGGAGUUUUACUAUCGAAGUGAAUACUGUAUCCUGUCUUUGAUAAGAACUGUAGAUUUCUACACUGAUUUUGAAUUCAUAUCUAAUUUACUUUUAAUCCUCUUAUACAGAAAUUGGUUUUGAAGUGAUUUUAAGAAAGCAACUUUUAUAUCAAGCUGUGCUGUUCUAGGCAGUAUGCCAGUUGUGCUGGUUUACUGCAUCUGUAACCUCAAUGCUUUGUUAAGCCUAACUAACAUUCAAUAUUUUCUUUUUAUUGCGGGUUGGGAGGGGCUGGAAUCUAUGGGGAGGGGAAUGUGACUUGUAUUUUUUUUUUUUCCUAGCACAGGCAGGUGAACUGUGAAUAGCUUUUUUUUUUUUUGAUUCCCCUCCUCUGGGUCACCUAAAAGUGUGGUUUUUUGGUUUUUAUUGUAACCUGUAAACUGCUGUAUUUGAAUCACCUGCCAUUCUCCCAAAGCCCAGCUUCCAGGAUCUUACAGUGAGUCUUAAUAUGAUGCUGCAGGGGAGAAAAGCUCAGACCUUUGCCCUUGGUUUCUCUUCUUCAGCCACCUGAAACCAGAGCAGGGCUAAUUGGGGAGGGGGUUCCUUUUCUACUGUGGAAGAAAGGUCUUGUGACUAAGGAGAAGAAAUUGGAAGAGACAGACUCUGUUCCUGCCUAGCUGUGUAACUUUGGGUCAGUCACUAAACCUGACCGUGCCUCAGUUUCCCCAUCUGUAAAAUGGGGGUAGUUUAGCCUGGAUCUGUGAGGUUAUUGUGGGGCUUAGUUCACAUUUACUAAAGCACUUCUAGGUCUCUGGCUGGAGGGUGCUGUAGAAGGUGAAAUAUUAUGUUGAAAUACCUGAUGGUGUUCUGUGGUAACAGCCGGAGCAGCCCAGGGAGUGGUGUUUCGAAUUACUUUUCCAGAGUGCUACAGCAAUGUCACUGUCAACAUCUGAUUGUGCUUUUCAGCUUGGCAGGUGCAUUAGGAGUCCGGGAGGAACUGUGUCAGAAAGCAGCCUGACCUUGGGCUGGAAUCUGCAAGUUACUGUCCCAUGUAACCUUGCCAUGGUGCUUUGCUGCCCUGCUUGGGUCACCGAAACUGUUUUUCACCAAUCUCCCUGUAGAAAUGAACCUCAGUUUGUGGUUGUGAGACUGAAGGGAGCUGUGGAAGCACUAGAGCUAAAGCUGCGUCAGCUGGGCUGAGCACAGCUCUUGGAGAGUUUGCAAGGCAAGAAACCUUACACCUUUGUUUUUUCACCUUUAGAAACUCAUUUGACUUAAAAUGGACACUUCUAAGUUGCGUAUGUUUAAUCUCGCUGAAAAGGUCAACUUCUUUCAGCCCUGCUAAGAGGACAAAAAGCUGUAGCAUUGGGAGUGCUGGAGGGGAGCAAGAAGAUGCUUCUGGCACUACUGCUCGUUGUGUGUCACCUGCAAACUGUGUAAUCAUGUGCCUCAGUUUCCCCGUCCGGGGAGUCUUUAACCUACCUCACUGCUAGUUGAGGCUGGAGUAAGUGAUGCUUCUGGCACACGUGGAAAACCCUGGGUGUAGGGUGCCGUGGCAGGGUGCUGGUGGGGCACAGCACCCAAAGGGAGGCUCGUCUGUCAUUAGUGCUGGACGGAGAUCGCUAAACACUUACCUCCUGAGCAAGAUGUUGAGCGUGUCCUGGGAUUUAUCUGGUUUCUGACAUGCUGGGAUGCUACACGGAUGCUAUUCUGCCAAAUAAUGACUUUUGGUGGCUGCGGCCACUGUGGAUGUCCAAAAUGCCUGUUAUUUGAUUUCAGAUGCAGUUUCAGGGUAGCACAGCCACGGUGGUGCGCGAGUGGCCCGGGAGGGUGGCGUGGGGGUAGGGAAGGGAUGUGACGGCUGGGGAUGGUGCCGGAGGGGGCCCUGUGUCCUCAGGAGAGGAGGGGGGUGGGGUGGCGGCUGUGGAGGUUUUGUCUUUAAAGGCCUCAGCUCUGCGUGCAGCCCCCUCUCCACCCCCGGCCUUUCACACCACCUUCGGGCUGGGCUGAGGGAUGUUCCGCUGGGUCGACAGUUAUUUGCUUUUUCUCCCCUUGUAAACUCCUAACUCCGCUUUCUUUUUUCCCCUUUAAAAAUCUUGCAGUUACGCUAAUAAAAUUUUUUGCCAUUA